CCUCGAUCCGUUUGCUCUUUGACUCAUACGAACAAAGCCUCCUAUCGCUUUAAAGGGACCACGACGCAGUCCCAGAGGAUCAAGAAAGCGAACUUACUAGACAACUUAUAAGAGUACUUAUAUCAUAUCAUAGUCCAACAAUUGAUAAGUUUAAAUAACUCUUACCGAACCAUCGACUACUUUUCGAGUAUCACAAGAUGUCGACCUUUGGAGAUUUCUUUCGGGUAACUACCUACGGCGAAUCCCAUUGUCGUUCGGUAGGAUGUAUCGUUGAUGGUUGCCCUCCAGGUAUGGAACUCACCGAGGACGAUAUUCAGCCCCAGAUGACCCGUCGCCGCCCGGGUCAGAGCAAUAUCACAACUCCCCGGAAUGAGAAAGAUCGAGUAGCCAUACAAUCUGGUACCGAGUUUGGUAUUACACUGGGAACUCCGAUUGGCCUAGUAGUCCUCAAUGAAGAUCAAAGACCUAAAGAUUAUGGAAACAAGACAAUGGAUCUUUACCCGCGACCUAGUCAUGCCGAUUGGACUUACCUCGAGAAGUACGGUGUUAAAGCGAGUAGUGGUGGUGGAAGAAGCUCUGCUCGUGAGACAAUUGGUAGAGUGGCAGCUGGAGCCAUUGCUGAGAAGUAUCUUAAGCUCGCUUACGGUGUUGAGAUUACCGCUUUCGUCACGUCUGUUGGCGCCGUUCAUAUGUUCCCACCCACACCCGAAUAUCCGACCCCCAGUCAAAAUCCCGCAUUCAUGGAGCUAAUCCAGAAUAUCGACCGCGAAACAGUCGACAAGUUCCUGCCCGUAAGAUGCCCGGAUGAACAGUCUUCGCAAAAGAUGGCAGACUAUAUAGCCGCAUUCAAAGAGCGCAACGACAGCAUCGGCGGAACGGUGACCUGUGUUAUUAAGAACGUGCCAAGUGGUUUGGGAGAGCCGUGCUUUGACAAACUAGAGGCGAAGCUUGGACAUGCUAUGCUUAGUAUACCAGCAACUAAGGGCUUUGAGAUCGGCUCCGGUUUCGGCGGUUGUGAGGUACCGGGAUCUAUCCAUAAUGACCCCUUUAUCAGGGCACCGGAAACCCCUGCCAGCGUGGACACCGGUGCUGGACGGGCUGGAACGCCUAAACCCAAACUUACAACCAAGACGAAUAAUUCUGGAGGUGUCCAGGGCGGUAUCUCAAACGGGGCGCCUAUCUACUUCCGAGUCGCCUUCAAGCCGCCUGCCACCAUCAGCCAGGCGCAGAAGACAGCUACUUACGACGGUGAUUCCGAAGGCGUACUAGAAGCUAAGGGGAGACACGACCCUUGCGUGGUUCCGAGGGCGGUGCCCAUCGUUGAGGCCAUGGCGGCUCUAGUAGUUAUGGAUGCGCUGAUGCAGCAGAUGGGACGACACGAGGCUAGGAGACAUCUUCCGCCCCUAAAACAGACGGUGCCGCCGGCGGAUAAUGGUGUCUCUAUGGAUACGAAAUAAAAGGCUGGGGGUAGAUAAAACCGGAUUACAAAAUAUAGCGGGAUAAAAUAAUAUGAUUCGUCAUUUUUUUUUUUUAUAAUUUUCUUUUUGAAGUUCUUUCUAAUUACAGGAUAUAAUAAACGCCACUUAAGUUAAUCAGCGGGGGUUAUCUCUUUACUUUUCAAUUCACAA